GGUCCGGCCAUGUGCGCCCCUCCUCUUCCUAAUGUCUGGAUAAUAGCGGGUGUAAAGUGGAUUUGAACUUGCAGCCAGAGCUGAGAGGUGGAAGAGGUCCGAGCAGCAGACAUCUGCUGCACCGCUGAAGCAAACGCGUUCAGACGCUGCUGUGUUUUUGGGACAUCCGGGGAUUUCUUUUGGAAAAGUUUGACUCAAGACAAGUGGAGUUUUGGACUUUACUUUUUUGGGGGCGGAUUUACAAGAUCGUGCUGAGAUGAUUCCACACAUCCUCACACACCUGCUCUGCCUGGUGUGUGUGUGUUCUGCUCGUCCUCAACCAGUGUUACCACACUCACUGAAGAUGGAGAAGAACUCCCCUGCGAGCGGCUCUCUGGCAGGCAGGGUGGUGCUACCGUGCCACUUCUCCAUAAUGCCAGUUUCUCCUUCACACACCACACAAGCUCCUACACCUGGACCCGUCCUCCCCGGUGACGCUCCUCACACCAUCCCGAGUCGUGAGGCGGAGCUGAGGAUCAAGUGGACAAAGCUGGAGCGAGACGGGGAGAAGGUGGUGCUGGUGGCCCAGGGACGCGUGGUCAAGGUGGGGCAGGAUUACAAGAGCAGGGUGUCAGUGCCCAGCCAUCCGCUGUCGGACGGGGACGCCUCUCUGAUGAUGGUGCGGCUCAGGGCCAGCGACGCGGGGCUUUACCGCUGUGAGGUCAUGCACGGGAUGGAGGACACCCAGGACACCGUGAGCCUCAACGUCUCCGGUGUGGUGUUCCACUACAGAGCUAACACUAGCCGCUACUCUCUGGACUAUCGUGAAGCUGUGGAGGCGUGUCGCGCUGCAGGCGCCUCCAUCGCUACACCUGAACAACUGAUGGCUGCCUUUGCAGACGGCUUCGACCAAUGUGACGCAGGCUGGCUCGCCGACCAGUCAGUCAGAUACCCAAUCACAGUGCCCCGUCCCGGCUGUGCAGGUGAUCUGAUGAGCAGGCCCGGAGUGAGAACGUACGGCUUCCGGGACCGCACGGAGAAAUACGAUGUGUACUGCUACGUAGAUAAAAUCCAUGGCGAGGUCUUCAAUCCUUUUUCUGCAACCUAUAAGCUCACCUUGCAGCAGGCGAGAGAGGAGUGUGAGAAGCACGAUGCCGUGUUGGCGUCGCCUGGUCAGCUGUUCGCAGCCUGGAGGGCGGGGCUGAACCGCUGCGACUACGGCUGGCUGUCCGACGGCAGCGUCCGCUACCCCGUCACCGUCCCCAGGCCUCAGUGUGGAGGAGGCCUGCUGGGGGUUCGCACGCUCUACAAGUAUGAAAACCAAACAGGCUACCCUAACCCCACCGACAGGCACGGGGCUUUCUGCUUCAAAGCUAAACUACCAGAGCCGACUACUACGAGUCCACCGAAUACCCCAGCUGCACACAAACCUGACAGCCCCACGACCGCUUCCCUCACUCCAACACCGGGACCAUUCUUAGACCCUGAAAGAGCUGAAAUUCAAACAAGAAUACCAGAUCCUGUCACAUAUUCACCAACAGAGAGACCACACACAACCUCACCAGACCAACACGGGACAGACCGCACCUCCCCUCACACCACAGCCUUUGUGAACCCCACUCCAACGUUUGACGACUAUGAGGUUGAAGAUUUCAAUAACUCACACAAGGUAGAGUCGGUACCAGUCAGAGGAGACAUUUUGUCGCCCAUACAGUUCCCCCCGUUACCCACCACCCGCUCACAGACCGCACACCUUGACAUCUCCCAUGGGGGAGAGGUGGGAGGCCAGGCGGGAUCAGGCCGAGGUGAGAGCAGCGGCAGCGGGGAGGGAGGCAGCAGCGAUGACAGCUCUAGUGGGGCUGAGGUGGGAGCAGUGGUGACCCCGACACAGGUGUGGGUGGAAACUACACCGAGUCCAAGUUGGCUUAUAAAGACUACCACAGGGCUGGAGCUCGGCGUGAAAACAACUUCGAGACCAGCAGAGCUUCCUGAGAUCACGCCAGAGCUUGUCACCCCUGGACCGGGGCUGGGGAUAGAAACCACAUCAAGACCAUCACAGCUUCUAGGGAUCACUCCAGAAGUGGUCAUUUCAGAAAUUCUCACCCCAGAACCAGGCCUCCCAGCUAGGACUGAAGAGGUGGGGCAACAACCCGCAGUUGUAUUUAAAGAUGUCACCCCUGGAGCUACACCGACGUUUGCCCCCGACCAAUCAGUGGCCAUUCCUGUAGAUGGGGAGUCAUCAGCCAAACCACCUUUCCAUCUCAUCAUCGUCAAUGUGCACGACCAAAAUCAGUCAGUUGACCAAAUCCUGGACAUUUUGAACCAGCCUGUGAACGGCAUCGGUGGCUUCCAGUCCCACUUCCCCCAGAUCUCUGACCUUUCCCAGGUGACCAGUGAAGCUGUCCAGGGCAGCGGAGACUCUCUCGAGCCCCCUCCUAUCAACCUGCCUCCAACUGUCAGCUUUGUCAAUGGAAAACAUGAGGUGACAUUUCAGCCAGAGGGGCCGGAGGAAGCCAGAGGAGAUCAGUUUGAGACGGCCACUCCUGUUCGGGUAGAAGAGGUGGGAGAAAAAGAGGAGGAGAGCGUGACGCUCUUUGACUACGGUGACAUAGAAAUCCACACAAAGGAGACAACUACAGAGGAAACCAGUGAUAUAGUCACCCAUCCUACAGAUACAUACCCAGAUGUAGUUACAGGCUCUGGCAUUGAUGCCGACACAGUACCUGAUGUCUUUACUGACACUGACAUAGAGGGAGUAAAAACUCAAGAACCAGGUGAUCAGACAGCAACAAGAACCACCACCACGACCCCACAUACACUCCCUGUCUCAUCACCAGCACCCACCACACCAUCAGGCCCAGUGUCUCCCAGUGUCUCCCAGCCGGUGACUGAUGGGGUCUCCGCCUACGAGGAUGACAUGGAAGGCUCUGUGAAUUGCAGCAAUGAUGACGAGGCCGGUGCUACGCAGGAGGGCUUUGCAGACGACGCUCUGCCCACCCCGGCUGCAGACAGCCAGUCCGGUGUGAUGACUGAUGAGACAGAAAUCGGGGGGACGGAGCUUCCUACUUUUAUCCCAGACAUGCAGUCUCAGGAAACCACCACACAGAUGGAAGACUUUGAAGGGUCUGCCUCUGGAGAAGACGAGUCUUCAGGACAAGAUGUGUACCCACCAGAGACGCCCAGGUUUACCAGUACACUACCACCGAUUCAUUCUACCCUUUACACCCAGCAGCCUGAACCUGCAGUGGGUACCGAAGUCACACAAGUGCCUGUAGUUUCAACUGCUGUUGACACGCUCACAGAAACAGAUUCAGGUGCAGAGCAGCUGUCCGGAGAGGGGCAGGUUUCUGGGGAACAGGGUGGGCUGUUUGACCUCACUAAAGAGGUCACUGUUACUGUUUUACCAGAUGUGGCAGCUGUGACUUUUGGAGACCAAACCACCACAAUCACUACAGACUUUAAGGACAUAACCUCAGAACCUAGCACACCAAAAUACUCCACGCACCCCUCUCUUGCUGCCACAGAUGAUCAGAAACAUCCCGCUGUUACCACCGAGCAUGCACCCACAACCCCUGAAGACCACACCCCACACCACACCGAGCUUUACGGAGACCAGACUGAGCAGUCCACCACAACCUCCACGCCACAUGUAAGCCAGCCGAUACUUUCCACUACGUCGCCCUUGUACACUUUCGACCCCAGCACCCACUUCGUCCCCGCGUGGGCUCUGAUCCCUGACCCUGCUGCCACUGAUCUACCAGAGGACUUUGACUACGACAAAGAGAUCCCUCCUCUGGAGUCUAGCCCUCGGAGACCAGAAGAGAUCCUGGCCACAGAGCAACCAGAGGAUGGCACUUACUCAGCUGUUUCUGUCGAGGCCAGCACUGUGAAUGUCAGAGAUCUCCUGCCAUGCACAAUCAGCGUGUGUCAGAAUGGAGGCUCCUGCUACAUAAAAGGAGCACAAAAUACCUGCAUGUGUGCACCUGGAUACACUGGCCAGCACUGUGAAACAGAUGUUGAUGAGUGCCAGUCUAACCCAUGUCUGAACGGAGCCACCUGUCUGGAUGGAGUCAACUCCUUCACCUGUCUCUGCCUGCCCAGCUACGCAGGAGAGCUCUGCGAACAAGACACUGAGGUUUGUGGAUUUGGUUGGCAGAAGUUUCAGUCUCACUGCUAUAAGUACUUCACCCACCGUCGGACCUGGGACGCUGCUGAGAGGGAGUGUCGGCUGCACGGCGCCCACCUGGCCAGCAUCCUGUCACAGGAGGAACAACUGUUUGUCAAUCGUCUGGGCAGUGACUACCAGUGGCUCGGCCUGAACGACAAGAUGUUUGAGAGAGACUUCAGAUGGACUGACGGGAAGCCAAUGCAAUAUGACUACUGGAGGCCGAACCAGCCGGACAGCUUCUUCCAGUCAGGAGAGGACUGUGUGGUGAUGAUCUGGCAUGAGGGGGGGCAGUGGAACGACGUGCCCUGCAACUAUCACCUGACUUUCACCUGCAAAAAGGGAACAGUCUCAUGCGGGCAGCCCCCUGUGUUGAAGGAUGCUCGCGUGUUCGGGGCCAUGAAGCCUCGCUACGAGAUCAAUUCCCUGCUCCGCUAUCACUGUAAACAGGGCUUCAUCCAGAGACACAAACCCACCAUACACUGCCGGGCCAACGGCCAAUGGGACACGCCCAAAGUCACCUGCACAAGCCCCGCAACCUACCACAAGUCAUUUACUCUCCGGCGCCACAACAACCAGAACAACGAGCAACCAAACCGGCGCUAUAACCAACACAUCCAUCACACCCAGAGUCAUCAGAAACACAGUCAAAACCAAGAGCAACAACAAAGUUACAACAUCUUUCAGAGCCUCUUGAUGCCUUUCCAGAAGCAGUGGAGGGAGAAGAGGCAACCGCAGGUCCAAACACAGAACGAGGAUCAGAUGAGACACUGAUUUUUGGUUUUGUAAAUCAGCUUAGCGGUGACAGCCAAACACAGCAGGCUGGCCAUGUCGGUCCAGAGACAUCGAUAGACAGAGAGACGCACCGAACUGUCUAUCUAUGGCUCUCAAAAGGACGAGGGAGAUGCUUCACCAGUACAUUGUCCAAAAACACUCCAGGAUCUGAACCGUAACACUAGUGAGAAUUUAGUUUCUUGUGUAAAGUUAGCUCACUGAUUAUAUCAAGUCACAAUGCUCUUAACAGGAAGACUGGUGCCUUAAUGACUUCACUGUGUGCUACUCUUAAUAGUCAAACACCACAUGAGCGGUCUGAGUCAUCAGCUCUUGCACUGUGUUCCCUUUCUCUAAGUUCAUGACCUGAUAGAGGAUCUGAACAGUCUGACAACCCAGUGAAAUCUCAUUUGAAAGCUGCCCUGUGGAGGUUUUCUGUAGACAAACAAAAGUUCUGUUUACAUUCAUUGUUUCUCACCAAAACACAUUGUUUUGUUUCUUUGAGGCCUCAUAAUUUUCCUUCCUCAUCAAACAUUUGCAAAGCUAAUUUCUGGAAGAAUUUAAGUCCCAUGUUGUUUACAUCCGUGUUUGCUGGCGGGGGGACUCUCGAGGGACUGUUAGGACCUGCGUAGCGACAGCGAGUAGCCGAGAUAGUGAGUUAAACUGCUAGCAUGGUUUCUAUUAUUACAGUGUUAUCUGAUAGACUAUGUUGUUUAAUUAGUUUUUAUAAAGAAAAAUGUUGCAAUGGAAACAUUUCAGUAGGAAGUGAUUACUGAAAAUGACGGCUGUCACUGAGCCGUGCCGUCUAAAUGAUCCGAAAUCUCUCCAACAGACAGGUGGAAGUCUUUUGCAGGCAGACACUCUCACACAUGAAAUACUAGAGCUGUAAUACAGAAACUGGAAAGUAAAUUAUACUGAAGGGAUCCUUAAAUUUGUUUUUCAAGCUGGAAGUUAUGUUUGCAUUAAUAUUUGUGAAGUCUUUGUUUCUCUCAUACUCAUCGUUUUCACAUUUUUGCAUUUGAAUCGCAGUGAUAAAUUUCUGCUUUGCCAAAAUCAAAGAGGUGCAUGAUUAGCAGGUUGAUUAACAAGCUGUAGAGAGUUUUACACGUUUAUUAACUUCUUCCUCGUGAUUAACUUCUUACUCCGAAUAUACUCAGCUCCCGGCUCAGUCACGGCUCAGCCGUCCACAGGAAACGUUUCAGAAGCGUCUGCCAGCAGAGUUGUUUUGCUGACAUUUUGCGUGUUUUACAAGCAUAAAUACUUGUUUGCAGCUCAUUUAGAUGGUAACAGAUGCUUUGUGGCUGUAGCUGAACAUGACAACCUUUUGUCGCUUCAAACCUUCUCCGCGAUCACUCAGUUUAAAUGUCAGCACAGUCGACCUCACAGCUCAGCUCAUUAAUCUGUAUUUCUGCAGCUCGGGAAUGACUGCUGGUCAACACAGUUUUUAUGAGUAUUAUUCAGUUGUCUGACAACAGAAACAGAAAAAUAUGUAAAUGAGAACAACUAUAUGGUGAAUUCGACUGCAUUAAAGCACAGUGACGGUGAUCACAGAGAGCAGCAGCGAACAGAACGGAGGUUUAACAGUUGUCUUCCUCCCUCACCUUAUUCCUCUCUCUCUCUCUUACUAACUAGAAACAAGAAAAACUAGUUUUGCUGUAUGUGUGAAGACAAAGUCAGAAACAAAUGAAAUGCAUCAUUUUACAAUGAAUUUCAAGUCAAUUACCAAUAAAUACAGACAUUUAUUUACAUUUACAAGUCAGUUUCAGGCUGCAGAGACGCGAGCUGCUCCGGCAAAAAUAGAUCCACACACAGUUUUGAUAGAAUAUAAAGAGCAUGAAUUCAUCACUUUAAAUUAUUAUCAUACAACAUUUUCAGUUGGUCCCGUUUCGGUUUGUGCUGCUUGUUAUGACCCAUUUUUACUGGCUGAUUUCCCAUGUAUCCCAUGAAAUGUAGAUUUUUGUACAAAAUGUUUUAGCUGAGAAAAGGUUUUUAAAAGGGAGCGGGGAGAUUUAAAGCGCUGAAGAGGAGAUUAUUAUGAAUUUGUGGUGUAUGUGCUGACGCUAUUAAUCAUAGGAUAUAUAAUAUAGAUACUAUAUGAAGCCAUAUGAGUUUAACUUAUUGCAUACUUUAAAACUAUGAAUGGACUGUGAUAUUAAAUAAAGGUCAUUGGAACUGAAGUGAUUCUGCUAAUGAUGACUUCCUUGCUGUUUACAGAUUCUGUCAUGUCGUUUCUUGCAGAGAAAACAUCUUAUCAUGUAGUACACGUUGCCGUCAUGUAUGUUCGCUGCAUGUAGCAUUUGUCUAGCAACAUUAGCUUGUCGAGCUUGUUUUAUUGUGCUGUGACUCAAAAUCAACCCAUCAAGUUCGCCACCAAAAUGCUCCUCAUUAUUUUAAACAUUUUCUACAACACUAAACGUGUUCUCGGCUACUAGAGCUACUACAGGUGUUGCUUUUUGCUACAGAUCUGGAAUCUGUGUUUUUAAUCCAACAAAUAAGGGAAUGUGAAAACUUCAACAUGCUCCACAAGAUUUUUUAUGUGAUCCUUAUGCAUUUUGCCUUCUCCUCUUCACGUUCUUCAUACAGUUUUCUUUUUAUAUAUUGUUUGUCAGUGUAUAUGCAUUUUUUAAAUGUUUUUCUACUCCAUGUGGUAAAUGCGGUUCACUGUAUCUGUGGCACAAGAUCUUAUUUUUAUGUAAUCAUUGUUUCUUUCUCCAUUUGAGUUGCUGUAAAAAUGUCCAUCAUCCUGGUUUCUAUGUCAUUGUCAGCUGUGUGUGCAAUAAUAGGAACUAUUAUAAGGCAA